GCUUGCUCAGCGCGCUCAGCAGUGUAAAAGUCCUGCGGAGCAAGAACUCCGCGGCGCUCACAUUCAAAGCCUAAGCGUUCGGACACUUUUUGCUCAGGGUUUGAAGGAACCGAGUUAAAUCCGAUUUAUGACUCAAGGUACAGAAACCGAAGUGCAAUCCUAAUCUUUACCAUGUCGUUUGAAAGUGUGCCAAUCAUUGAUCUGGAAGGUGCAUUUAGCGAAGAUGAAGCCCUACGACGUGCCCUUGCACAACAAAUUCGAACAGCAUGUAUGGACGUUGGAUUUUUCUAUGUCAAGAACCAUGGCAUCGCACAGCACUGCCUUGACGAAGUCCUGAAAGUGAACAAGGAAUACUACUCGCUUCCAGCGGAGGAAAAGCUGAAACUUCAUCAUAAAACUGCAUCAAAUUUCAGAGGCUAUAGCGCUGUAAUGGAGGCCAACAUCCAACCGGGGAACAAAGGCGACUUACACGAGAGCUUCCGCAUUGGCUGGGAAGAGAAAUCCGGCGAUCCAGCGGUCCAAAGGACUUCUCGGCGUGAUGGAGCGAUGGCGGGUGCGAAUAUCUGGCCAGAUAAACCUGAACAUUUUAGAUCCGUUUGCUUGGAUUAUUAUCACGCUGCCCUUGCCGUCGGAAAGAAGCUGUUUUGCCUCUUUGCACUGGCGCUCGACCUGCCUGAAACGUACUUCAACGACAAGACCAUGUAUUCGGCCGCUACCAUGCGUACACUCCACUAUCCGCCUCAGCUAGAUGCUCCAGAUGAUAAAGUGCUGGGAAUCGGAGCUCAUUCCGAUUUUGGGUGUUUCACGAUUCUCUGGCAACAAGCGAGCAUCGAGGCUCUCCAGGUUUUGAACUCUCGUGAGCAAUGGAUCGAUGUGCCACCGCUGCCGGGAACCCUCGUUGUCAAUCUUGGAGAUCAGUUUGCGCGUUGGACAAACGAUGUUUUCAAGUCUACUGUGCAUCGAGUCGCCAACAAGAACAUCGUUGAUCGGUACUCCAUCGCACUAUUCUUUGACACUGACUACGAGGUUAACAUCGAGCCAAUGCACACCUGCGUGUCAGCUGAAAGACCAGCAAAGUAUGCAGCCAUCACUUCCGGAGAGUAUGUGAGGCAGCGAUUGAAAGACAUGUAUAAUAAGUAAAUUGUAGUUACUACCAAGGCCACAGCUGGAGCAUUUCGGAUGCAGAUUUCGGCGCAUGUGAUGUGCAUAAAUACAUAUAUGCAUAUAGUUAUGAUCUUAUCUCAUUCGGGAUAAUCAGAGAAUCC